AUGUCGUCUGGAAAGGAGCUCGAGGCACCCCACACCCUGGCCUCGCUGCCGAAACCCAUCGAUGCCCUCAACGGCCGCACUCUGGCCUCGACCGUUUACAGCUUGAGCGGCGCGCGGAAAAGAAAGAGGUCGGAGAUUGCUGUGGCUGUUGACGGCGACGGGUUGAGUAUCUACAAUGUCCAAACGCCGCGCCUUGUCACUUCGUACGCGCUUCCUCCUCAGACAUCCUUCGUUGCUCCAUCGUGUUCCGUACACGCCAGAGUGACCAAGCACCGGCCUGCGAAGCGCUUCACCUAUGCCGCAAUUCAGGAGGGUGCUGGCAGCGCCAGGCGCCAAAUUCUUUGCUUCGCCGAGGAAGUACACGCAACCGCACCAACCGGAAAUCCCGACAAGACGGCGUACACAAUCCCCGCGGAAUCUAGCGCAAUCUUCUCAAUCGAUGUGCUUCCCCUGAAACCUGCGCAAGGAUCGGAAGAAGACCCUCACGAGGUUGUCGUGGUCUUUGAGGAUGGCCGAAUUGAUUCCUUCUCCGCCGAUCUGCAAACACUCAAAUGGUCCGCGAAUGUCAAUGCUCCGUCGAAUGAUGCACAACCCGUCAAGGUUGAAUUCGCUGCGUACACGGAUGCGUCUGCUGCAAGGCGGGGGCUGUUCAAGAGUCGCGAAGAUGUCAUCGCAGCGUUGGACCCCAGCAUGGAGGGACAAUCUGAGCUUCUUGACGCCACGGUGCUACUUUGUCUGGUCACGCGCCCUGUGGAUGAGGCCGCUCUCAAAGCCGAUGGUCGUAGCCUUCAAGUUUGCUGUAUCCGACCAAAGACUAUGGGAGGCAUCACGAUCAACAGGCCAGUCGUGCAAAACAUUCUCACGCUAGGCGUUCCGCCGGUGAAGAUUGAGAGCGAUGUGUCCGAGUCUCAACCUUCGUAUUCUUUGCACGUGUCCACGGGCCUGUUGUACCAGCUCAUUUCCGGUUGCAUCAUUACCUACGACUUUUCCACAACCACCCCACGGAUGAGGUCCGAUCUCACAGUACCCGGCACUCCGUUGCAAAACUUCAUUCGCAUUUCGUCGUCGCUCCUGAUGGCGGCAUCGGCCGUUUCUUGUGGUCUCUACGAUGUCAAAUACAACUCCGUGCAGGCAAUCUUGCCAUUGAGUCACGAGAAGGUUGAGACUGGCAAAAGCAAGAAACGCAAGCAAUCGGAAUCUGUCGAAAACUCGUCUCCGCUUACGCUUGUCAACUAUCUUGCUGAGCUUGGUCUCGUGGUUGGUCUGGCCAACGGCGAGCUGAUCGGUCUGCAAGUGGGCUCGGACGUGUCCGCUUCGAAGAGGAGCAAGGUGAAGGGAGGUCUGCUGAUCGAUGCGAUUGGCAAGGGAGUGGGGCGUAAGCCCGUCAUUACCGAAGCCCCAGAGCGCUCCACAUACCCUCUGGGUGUUUGCCUUGUCAACCCUGCGGAUUCGUCAAGCAAAGAGUGGCAUCGCACUCGGAAGCAGCUCGAUGCAUUCGUCAAAGAAGAUAACCUGAAAGGGUUUGAGGAACUGUUUUCGAGGGAAGUCGGCAUUGCGCUAAAGGGAAAGGGCGAGGAGCCCAAACUCAUUACCGAAGACGAGCAGACUGAGGACAAGGUCAACGGCACCGCCGAGCUUCCCGGGGCUGAUGGCGUCAAGGCGGACGAACAACCAAAAAUCAACGGCGUGUCUGAGGACGAAUCUGAUCUCCAAGAGUGGAAUUUCCCCGAAACCGCCUGGGAUGUCAACCUACAGACCAAACGUCACAAAGCGGUCUACCUGUUGAGCAAAAUCUUUGCUCUUUCCUCUGGCAAGAAGGAAGUCAUUGCAAGUGGAGCGGAGAAACCGUCUUCGCUGAGGAUACGAUUCUUCCCGCCUAACGCCUUCCAAUGGCUUGUUUGGACUGGGUUCCUCGCCACUGACAUGAUCAGACAAGCGAUGCGCAAGUCUUCGGACGAGACCGUCCAAGCCAUCGACGCCGGUGAUGUUAUUACUGCUCUUUUCAACUUUGAUCCUGAUAUGCACGUCCUUUGUGAUGUGCUGAAGGGUCACCCAGGCCUCGACGUCGAGCUUGUCGUGCAGGCGAUCAAGGUUCUCAUCCAAAGCCUUCAAGCAACGCCCUUCCCUGAGCUCAAGGAGCGUCUUCUCACAGCCGGCUCGGAGCAACCGGAAGACGCCGCUGACCAGGAAAAGGCCGACGAAGAAUUCGAGACUGAGGCGGACGCCGCUGCCUCUGCCCUCGCAAAGGCUGAAUCACUUCUCGAGACUGGCCUCCACGUCCGCUCGCAGUCGCUCCUCGAGGCCCUGAGAAAACUGCACACCUUCCCUCCGCCGCUGAUCUCCCGUACCCUCCGCAAGUCACUGACGCACCACGAGAUUCUUUUCCUGAUGGACAUCCUCCGCCUCGAGAUCCACCAAGGCGGCUGGAUCCAGCGCUAUCUGGAAGAAGGCCCCGACGGCAAGUCUGCCUCGGACUCCACCGGCGACCCCUCUGACCGCGCCAUCGUUAUAAUCGCGGACCUGCUCUCCUGCGCGCUCGACGCGGUCGGCGCUGGCGGCUGGCUCACCUCCGGCUCGGACCGCACCUCGGAGGUUGUGUACAACCUGCGGCAAGAGAUCUCGGCCGCGCUCGAGGGCAUCCACGAAGCGGCGUUCAUGAAGGGCCUAUUAGGCGACUUCCUGCGCUUUGGCUGGAAGAAGAAGACGACGCAGCAGCCGACCAACGCGCGGAACCUGGAGAAGAAGGGCAAGCCGGUCACGGUGCAGCAGAACUCGGGCGACGCGGAGAGCAGGGUGCUGCCGCUGGGCUUCAAGGUCGAGGGCAAGGUUGCGGACACGCGGACGACGCUGGCGGGCGAGGUCAAGCAGCUGAGCAAGCGGGAUAUUGGCAGGCAGAUUAGUAUGCGGGUGGGCAAGUACAGCUUUGAGAGGGUUGUUAUCUAG